AUGCCGGUUUCCUCUCGUUUCUAUGCCGGUUUCCUUCUCGUUUCUAUGCCGUUGGUCUCUCGUUUCAAUGCCAGUCGCUUCUCGUUUCUAUGCCUGUCCCAUCUCGUAUUUAUGCCAGUCUCCUCUGUCCGUCCAUCCAAUCUCUGUCAUUGCUCACAAUCUUAUCAUUGCUCACCAUCUCUGUCCGUCCACUCACCCUCUGUUAUUGCCCACAAUCUCUGUCAUUGCUCACAAUCUAUAUCAUUGCCUACCAUCUCUGCCAUACAAUCUCUGUCAUUGCUCACAAUCUCUGUACUUGCCUACCUCCUCUGCCAUACAAUCUCUGUAAUUGCCUACCAUCUCUGCCAUUGCCUACAAUAUAUGUUCGUCCACCCACCCUAUGUCAUUGCCUACAAUCUCUGUCAUUGCCUACAAUAUAUGACCAAGAAUCAAAUAAGAGUACUCGAUUCAAAAUAUACACUCGUCAUCCAAGCUGAUUCUCAAAAAGGUGGUUUCAAAUAUAAAAAGCAAGAAAGAUCAAAUUAA